UAUUUUUUUAAUAAAAAAAAAAAAAAUAAAUUCAAUAUUUUUGAAAUUCAAUGAAAUUCCUUUAAUAAAUAAUACAAAACCAACUAAAAACUACAAAAAAUUCAACAAUCACAACACACAAAAUGGAAGAUUAUUGGGGUUUAAGCAGCACUACGGACAUAAAUUGCACACAGCCUGCUAUUGAUGAUUUUCCCCGGGAUUUAUUCACAGAGGGACAGAGACAAGCGGGUGCUGUUGUACUUCAUGUUAUAGCCAGUUUAUAUUUAUUUGUAGCUUUAGCUGUAGUAUGUGAUGAAUAUUUUGUGCCCGCCGUGGAAAAAAUCUGUGCCGCCCUAAAUAUGUCUAAUGAUGUAGCGGGUGCUACAUUUAUGGCUGCAGCAACAUCGGCACCAGAACUUUUUGUAAAUGUGAUAGGAACCUUUAUCACAGAGGGUGAUAUUGGUGUGGGUACCAUAGUGGGCUCGGCGGUAUUUAAUAUUUUAGCGGUGGCAGCUUGCUGUGGCAUAGGAGCGGGAAUGACCAUACCCCUGGAUUGGUGGCCUUUGACCCGUGACAGUAUAGCUUAUGGUUUUACGGUGGCCGUUUUAAUUUGUGUGAUGCAUGACGAACGUGUCGAAUGGUAUGAGGCUUUAAUUUUAGUCUCCUUAUAUGCUGUCUACUUGGCUGUCAUGUAUUUCGAUAAAACCUUUCAAAAGUGUGCCAAAGGUGGUGUUAAACAAGCUCGUUCACGCAGCCGUUCUUCAAACUGUAGCAUACAGACCAAGAACAGUAAUGAAAAAGAACCAGAUCUCGUGGAGAAUCGUAUAUGCCAUAAUUUAUCCACCAUUCAGCUAAAUGGUGGUGUCAAUAAUGAACCGCCAAAAAUACCACCAUCUGCUUCACCGCCUAUAGCCACCACUUGUCUAACCACCAGCAUUACUACUACAACUUCAACGGCCGCCUCUAAUAAUUCGGGUUGUGUGAUUAAGGCACCCAUAGCCCAUCAGGAAAACACCGAUGUUGAGGCCAAUACGUUACAAGCUGCAGCGGCUGUGGAUGCCGCAGUGCCUGCUGUAGAACCUGCAGAUGAGGAGGGCUACUCAUUGCUUAAGUAUCCCUGGGGUAAAAGUUGUUUUGCCCAAUUCACCUGGAUCAUUAUAUGGCCCAUACACUUGCUGUUCUGUGUCGCCAUACCGGAUUGUAAGAAAGCGAAAAAUAAUAAAAUAUUUCCCUUGACGUUUGUGAUGUGCAUUGUGUGGAUCGGUUCGCUGUCGUAUGUUGUGGCCUGGAUGAUAACUAUAAUUGGUGACACUUUAAAAAUCCCCGAUUCCGUUAUGGGCAUUACAUUCCUGGCUGCUGGCACCAGUGUUCCCGAGGCUGUAUCCAGUGUUAUAGUGGCCAAAAGAGGUCACGGUUCCAUGGGCAUUUGCAAUUCCAUUGGUUCAAACACCUUCGAUAUUCUUUUAUGUUUGGGUGUACCAUGGCUCAUCAAAGCUGUCUUCUUCCCCAUACAACCAGGACAAAAUUAUGUUGGCAUUAAUUCAGCCGGUCUUGAAUAUUCCGCCAUAACCCUGCUCUCCACGCUAUUCCUGUUGUAUUUGACAUUUUCGUGUAAUAAAUUUAAAUUGGAUAAAAAAGUGGGCACAGCCUGUCUGGUCAUGUAUUUGGUAUUUUUGAUAUUUGCCUCACUAAUCGAAUUGAAUGUAUUCUUCCGGGUUAAUCUACCCACUUGUGGUAGAUCAUGAAUAAAGUCACCACACACACCCACAACAAAAAAAAACAAUAUAAAUUAAAUAAAAUUUUAUUAAUUUCUAUGUUUUUUUUCUCUCUUUAAAUAAUAAGUAAAAAAAUUUCAAAAAAACCAAAAACCGUUAAUUAAAAAUUUAAAAUUAUUUUAAAAAUUUCGAAACCUAUUCUACUUGGUAAUAAGAGUGACGUUUAAAGUCACUAAAGACAGUUGGUCCAAAAUGUUUUUUUAAGCAAUUGUAUUGAAAAUGGCAAAAUAAAUUUAUUCAAUUGUUUCUUUUAAGUGUAUUUUUUAGUAUUAUUUUUAUUGUUUCAUUUAAUU